CUAGGGGAUCAAGACGCAUGCCACAUUGCCUCUAUGAGGGCACUUUAACUGAUCUUUCGGGGUUUUUUCCCAGUAAGGGGGCUGUGGAGGGAGGACUUUUUUUAUUCUCAUUGUCUGAUGACUGUUUGCACGGCUGAUUAUUGAGCUGAUUGUUUAUUAUUUUGGCUCUUGUUGCCCGACGCCCUGCGCGUUUUUUCCUCCCUUUUUGGAAUCGGCGACCUAUCGCGCGCUCACCAAUGUCCUAUCCUCAGGGUUACCUCUACCAGCCCCCGGGCUCCCUGGCGCUCUAUUCGUGUCCGGCUUACGGGGCCUCGGCUCUGGCUGCCCCGCGGAAUGAAGACUUGGCGAGGUCGUCCUCUGGCUCAGCCUUCAGUCCUUACCCCGGAUCGGCUGCUUUCUCCGCCUCGGCCGGUGCGAGUUUCUCCAGUCCGCUGUCAUACUCCUCGGAUCCAACUGCGGGAUUCCCAUCUUACAUGAGCUCUCCAUAUGACGCGCACACGACGGGCAUGGCCGGGGCAUUGAGUUACCACCCAUACGGAAGCCCGGGGUACCCCUACCAACUCAACGACCCGGCUUACCGCAAAAACGCCACCAGGGACGCCACGGCCACCCUGAAGGCCUGGCUACAGGAGCACAGGAAGAACCCGUACCCGACCAAAGGCGAGAAGAUCAUGCUCGCCAUCAUCACAAAGAUGACCCUGACGCAGGUUUCAACUUGGUUCGCGAACGCCAGGAGGAGGCUCAAGAAGGAAAAUAAGAUGACCUGGGCGCCCAGGAAUAAGAGCGAGGACGAGGACGAGGAGGACGGGGACGGAGAGAGGAAGGAGGUGGAGCGCUCUGAGAAAACGCUGGACAACAGCGAGGCUUCAGCGGAGGAUGAAGGUAUCAGUUUGCACGUGGACACCCUAACGGACCACUCGUGCUCGGCGGAGUCUGACGUGGAGAAGGUCAGCUGUCGUGUGGGAGGGGAUCUGAGCUCUGACCAGGCCGGAGACAAGUGCGACGAGGACGGCAACGAGCAGCACCACGACCAGCGCGCUCAGCUCUCGCCCAAAAACGUCACAUCGUCGCCUCUCACGGGAGUAGAAGCUCCAGUUCUCGGUCAUCACCACCCACACAACAACCACCAUCAUCAUCACCACCUCCAUCACCUCCACCAGCUCCACAGAGAGCGCGAGGAUCUGGCCCGGAGCCUCGUGAGCAGCACUAAUAUUCCCACCAGUAAAGCGUCUUCCUGCCUUGACAGCAGACCCUCAUCCGGGCCCUCUCAGAACCCUACAGUCAAGCCCAAAUUGUGGUCGCUGGCGGAGAUUGCUACCUCGGACCAAAAGCAGCAACAUCAGCAACCGGGGCAGUCUGCAGGGCAACCAAAUAACCCCUCCUCCAGCGGUGGCCUCCUCACCCCCUCCACGCCUUCCAGCACCUCCCCGGCUGCCAGUUCCCCCUCCCUUUACCCGGCCCCCUCCAUCCUUGGAAGACCUAUUUAUUACACUUCUCCCUUUUAUAGCAAUUACACAAACUAUGGCAACUUCAGCCCCCUGCAGGGCCAAGGGAUCCUGCGCUACACUAAUUCAUCCGGAGUGAGCCUGGCUGCAGCCGCCGCAGCCGCUGCAGCCGCUGCUGCUGCAAACGAGGGUCUGAGCUCCUCUCAGCAGGCCGUGGAGGCGAGCACUAACCCCAAACACAGGCCUGACUCCCCCCUCGUUAAAAAUAACCCGAACCAGAUUGUUGUUGUCGAGCAGCAGCAACAACAUUUCAGACCCGCAAAUUUAGAAGCAAAGAAAGGUACGUAAUAACACGUUGCGCUUAACAGAAAGGUUUCAAGGACUUAUUUAAUCUGGUGUUGGAUCUUGAAGUUCAGUUUUUUCUAUGGUGACAGUAAAACGAGUCCACUUGUUUCCAAUGCAAAUCAUUCGAAGGUGUCAGUGUCAUGUUUUCCUGCAGCAAUGCCAUACAAGGAUCCGGUUGUUUUCGCCUUUUUAGGAGAAAUAUGAGCUUUCUCAAGGUGAUCUUGCAUUAAAAACAAGUGGCAUUAUCUGACAUUAUUUGCAAGUUUCCGCUUGAUUCAGCUGAACACAAUUUUGGACUGAAACGAGAGUAAAUGACUCAUUAGGAUGGACUUUUGCUGCGUAAAUGAACGCGUCCUAUUGCGUGAAAGUCAGCGCCUAAAUCAUUGACACAUAAUUAUCCCCUUUAAUUGAUCAGUUUCAUAUUUUGGUAUUUUAAAGUCUCAUUAGAUCAGGUGGAGGGGCUUUCUGAUUAGAAUCAGUUAAAGGUAUAUCAAGAGAAUCGUAUGCAAACAAAUGCGUAAAAGUGGCCACACCUGCAGAUAGACAUUCAAAUAAUCCCAUUAAAGACAGGCCCCAAAUCAGACCAACCACGUGCACCUGCGCGCGCACACAAUCACAAAGUGGCAGCCUGAGCUGAGAAAUGUUGCCAUACUUUGAACGGGAAAUCUAUUUUUAAUAUUUCCUCUAAUACGCCCGGAUGUGCGUGCGUGUCGUUGUGCGCAAAGUGGGCCCCGAAUCUUACCUUUCAGGUUUAGGAUAAUUAAAAUCACACAGGGUCAGCCAAAAGCAAACACAUCAGUUAGUUUGCUCCGUGCACUCAUCGUGCAACUUUUUUUUUUUUUUUUUUUUUUUUUUUUUUACAUCUUCAAAUGUCACUGAGGUGGUUGUGCACAUUCAAAGCUUUGCGCACAGGAAUGCAUGCAGGCUUUUUUCCAAACCGGUAAUUAGGCAGUGGGGAUUUUAAUAAGCACUGGCAGUUCACCACUGCUUUUUUCUUGUAGAGCCAGCCUGUAGAAAACUUAAUGUUUUCUAGGUUUGUGGAGGGAGUCGAUCAUUUGAUCGUUUGGGAUUUUUUAUUUCCACGCUCUGCAGGUAGGUGUCACAAUUGCUUUGAGUAUAAAGCGAGUGAGGCCACCACCUUUUAGCCCUCAUGUUUUAACCCCCUUAACCUUUCCCCUAAACCGGAUCUAGUGCCACCAUACAGACGGAAUAAAAGCUGCUACCGCUUUCUCAGCUGCUCACAGACUGGGACACAUCAGAUUACUGUUAUUAUAACUGUAUAAUUUCAGCGGACUUUAUUUUAUUUGUUGAUUUUGAUGCAUUUCAUAUGCUGGUUUGAAACAGAUCUCCCAUUAUAUGUGAUUUACAUGUUAUUUCUCAGGUUCAUAUAGUUUGCUUAUUUGCCACGGUAUAUUGUUUUAGUAUUUACGUGUGGAAAAACAUAAUUUGGCCUUUCAGUGAAACCGUAUUCGUAAAUGGAAGUGUCUUUGGGACGUACAGCUGACGGAACUGACGUGAACUUGAGGACUUCAAAGUGGAAUAGCCUACAUUUGAUAUUUAUUUUUUUAAAUGAUGGCGAAAUGAUGCCUAUAAUUUAUGCAAGUUGUAUUGCAAAAUGGGAAACUGACAUCGUCUGUUUGUUUUGUAAAUAUAUAUAUUAUGGACGGUUUUUAUUUGAGACUCAUUUGGGGGAAAAAAAGCUACACAAUCUUGUUAUCAGGAGAACUUUUACUAAUUUAUAUCUUUGAAUGUAAAUAAAA